GCUCGAAUCAGGUUAGCCCUCUCCCCAAUCCCUUCCCCUUAUGGCUGUUCUUUUUCCGAUCAAAGCCGCGUGAGUGGUCUAUGUCGCAUGCCCAGCCCUUAUUGCUGCUAUCUGUCUAUGAGUCCUGAAUUGUCACCACUGUCUUUUUGAUCCCGUUGCCGUGGCCUGGGGGACGCCAAGCACAAAGAGACAUUGGGCGACCACGGGCACACACACACACGACAAAACACCAGGGUUUCCGGGUUGGCACCCUGAGAGACUAGCGAGAGGAGGCUGCAGCUGCGAGCGGUACCUGGCCUCGCAGACGCUUGCUCUGCUGUCAAUGAGGGGCAGGGAUAUCGGAUGAAGGGUAACGACAGCACCUAGACUCCGACCGACGCGAGCACGAAUAGCCGAGGCAGCGACCUGUUUCCCUCCUGAUCUCUAGAGGUAUUGGCUACGGAGACAACAAAGAGCUUUGAAGCUCUUCUCAAUCAAACAUGGAAUUUCGACUCCCUCAAGCUUCACAGGGGUUGUGGUUGUUUCAAGCCGGAGCUUACGACCGGGGUAUCUGAGGCUUGGGGGUGCUACGGUGCUGAUGACAUGUGCUGCAGCUGAUUCAUGUGCCUCUCAAGCCGCCAACAAGCGCUGGGCAAGAUCACAGCCUCUCCUGAAAUUAUCAUAAGCUGACAUUGGGACAGGAGCUCUUCUGAUGAGCUUCAUUUCCAUCACGGCGAAAUCCCGCAGCAUUUUCCGCCGGUCACCGAGCUCGAAUCCAUUCCCAAGUUCCCCACGUGGGGUCUUCUUCAAAGAUUCUAGCCAAUGCCGGGGAUGGUAUAACCAAUCACCGACCACUUCUACCACAACUUGUAGGACACAUAGAACAGAUAUUCGAGGAUGGGAGACUGUUUCCGCAGCUCCAAGCGUCCUGUACAUCGUUCACUGACACAGCGCUAUGAGAGGAGACAGACGGCACGCUUGCGUCAAAGCCUGUCAACUACGGGCGGCAUCUCGAAAAAACGCGGGGUGACACGCGAUAAGAGCCUCUCGCCAACCCUGAAAGGCUUAAAAAGUGACGCAACAACCCCGUUGAUCACAACCCCGCAUGCCGCCUGGUAUAAAGAGCACCGGCCGCCACAACGACACCGGUAUAUCCGUCGGUGCACCGGGACAGCGCAGCUGUCCUCACAGCCAGCUAGUUGUGCUGUUUGGAGGUUCCUGACGGGUUCGGCAUCUGGUGGGAUCCAAAACGGGUCUCCCGGUUUCGUGGAGCGGGUACUUUAAACGUUAUGGCGCCAAAAUAUCAAGAGGUCUUGGCGCGCGGGCACAAGGAAAGCUGCCAUGAAAUUUUCUGCUGACCUGGAGACCUGAAAGUGGGGCCACCCGGGGCCUUGCCGGCUCGGCCUUUGAACCGCUCGGCGGAGACAUGGAGAUUCGAGGGCGAUAAUCCUGUAGCUCCGUUGCCGCUCAGCGUCGGAAUGGCGACGUUUUUUUGAGCUGAGGCGACGAUUUUGGACGUGGCGAUGUCUUCUGAAGGUGAAUGUCAAAAUUGCAAAUAUUUCACUUUCAAGAAUGCGGCUCCAAAAGAACGUCGUUGAAAUGUUCGGACAUAACGGCGCUCCGCCAAAAAGCUCGGGCCAUAUCUAGCUGUAGCACAGAAAAAUGCUACUGCCAAAAUCUUGCCCCACGUUCAGAAUUGAGAAUCGGUACCAAUUGAUACCGCCAACGCCCAUCCAGCCCACCACGCAUUUGUAACUUGACACUCGUAAAAACAGCCACACAGAUCGAAAAUCCAUCGAUAAAAUGGGUGUCUUUGCAAAGCGUUCGAUGGCCAAGACGAGGCGGAGACGUCGCGACCUGGACCAGGUUGCCUCUGACAUUGCCUCUCCAAGACAUCUUGAACUCUACAAGGAGACCAAGGAUGUAGAGGAUCUCCCCGGUCUGGGGCAGCACUACUGCAUCCCAUGCGCCAAGUGGUUCGACACUGAGGCCAACCUAACCUCUCACAAGAAGGGCAAGCCUCAUAGGAGACAAUUGAAGCAACUCAAGGAUGGCGCUUUUACUCACAAAGAGGCGAACGCUGCUUCGGGUCUCGGGGUGGACAACGGCCCUGUGAAGCCCAAGAUGGCCAUGGAGAUCGAUAUUGCUUAA